AUGGCAGUGGCAUUGAGACGUGAAUCAUUGAGACGUGAAUCCAGGCGCAAAGCCAAUCAUCUCGUCUCUCUUGACCAUACAUUGCGAUUUUUUGUUGCCCCUUCAAAGGAGGAGGAUGGUCUCAGAUUGACUCGUAUUUCUACCAUGUUUACAGCUGGUUCAUGGCGGCCAUUUAGUCCUUCUUAUGCUAUGCCUAUGCCAAUAUUGAGGUUCUCACCGGAUUGGGUAAAACAGUUAAAGUGUGGGCCAUUUUUGGAGUUGAUGAAUUUAGUCAUUUGGUACGGAUUUGCUUGGAAACAGCUGGGAGAAGCAAAGAUGAAGAAAUAUCUCGAAAUUAGGUAG